UAUGACAGCUCUGUAGAGCGAGAUCUGAGAGCAAUUAUGUCCAGUCUUCUUUAAUUUUACCUCUAUUUAUGUAAUAAUAUAUACAAAAAUAAAAUUUGUGAUACGUAUGUGCAAUAAUAAAUAAAAGUCUCAUUUUAUAAUAUUGGACAUAAAAGAAAGUAAAAAUUUUAGGUUAGGGUAUUUUUAAAGUGGUGCAACUUACAAAACCAUCAUGUUUUUGAGAAGAUUAUUUGCCGGACGUACAAAUAUCUAUAGAAAAUGCAUAUUAGAGAAAAAACAGGAAUCAGAUUAUGUUAUUUUUAGACAUUAUAGCGGUGUCCCAUGUACCAUUGAAAAUAGAAUCGGAAAUUAUUUCAAGAACUAUAAACCGUAUCCCUUAUUUUACCCGGCCUCAAAUUACAUAGCAUUACAUAGAAAAUGCUAUUCAAAAGGAUUAAUAGAUGGAGAUGUAUCAGAAAUACAGAAAAAUCAACAAGAGAAAGAGCUUCAAAAAAUAACCGAGUUAUUUCCCAUGCCCCGAGUGACCCUCAACGAGUUACUAUCGAGAACACCACAGAGAAUAUUUGAAAUACACUAUAAACAAUCCGUUGCCGCUCCCAAAGGCAGCAGGAAGAAAAGCAAAGUGGUACAGAAUGACUGGACAUGCACUUAUGCGUUUAUUUGGCCAGAUAAGAUUAAGUUUGAGGGAACAGCAAUAGCAAAACGCCAAGCGGCUGAAAAAGCUGCCACUCAAGCCUUGCACUAUCUUUACAAAAAUAAACGAAUAGAUUCGAAAGGGCUUCCUAUUUACGACAAGGAGAAAAUAAAAGAAAUUAAAUCUACUUUACAAGAGCCUGUUAGAAUUAGUAUAAGUGACAAGUCUAUGGAAAGAAUUGACAAGAUUUGGGCUGAAUAUGAAGAUGGGAUAAAGGAUAUAUACGAGGAGACAUUUAAGGUGGCGGCACAAAAAGUCAAAUCGCAUCGACCUGUGAUGACGAAAGAUUCUACUAUCGAUCAAGAAGACGUGCUGGCGGAAAGUGAAUUAGCUUUGGAAGAAUUGGAAGAUACUUCAGAACUGAAAGUUCGCGUCCACCCGGUGUACGGGCGGACCAUCACGCCACCAUCCGAAGGGACUCUCCAGAGAAGAGACAGAGUGUUAAGGCAAAGAUUCGAGAAUUAUGAAGAAAGAACUCCGUUACCUAUUGAUCAUUACACAGACGUUAUAACAUCAACGCUGGACAGGAGUCGUGUGGUGCUGCUAGUGGGCGCAGCAGGGUGCGGCAAGUCGACACGAGCGCCAGCGGCUAUCCUAAGUCAUUGCGGAGCCGCCACCGCCGCCCUCGUGGCCGAGCCCAGGAGAGUCGCCGCCAUCGGGCUUGCUGAGAGGGUGGCUCACGAACUUGGGGAAGAGGUGGGCGACUCAAUAGGGUACCAAGUGCGCCUGCAAUCGAAACUGCCGCGUCCUCCUGCCGGCUCCGUACUGUACUGUACUUCUGGAGUCUUGCUGAGGAGGUUGCAAAGCAAUCCAGGUCUAGAAGGAUGUACGCACGUAUUUAUUGACGAGGCACACGAGCGUGACGUGAACACAGAUAUUACCCUGUUGCUUCUGAGGAAAGCUUUAGAUAUUAAUGCCAAUUUGAAGAUCGUUGUUAUGAGUGCUACCCUAGACACUGAAGUUUUUACCAGAUAUUUCGACUCGUGUCCUGUGAUAGAAGUACCAGGAAGGACGUUCCCUGUGGAGGUGUCAUACUUGGACGACAUCGAGAAGACGUUUAACAUCCGGCUGCCUAAUACUAUGGACAACUGUCGGAAGGAAGACGCGAAGCCACAGAUUAAUUGUCAAGAGGUAGUCGAAGUUAUAAAAGCAGUGGAUAAGACUCAACCAGAGGGCGCGAUCCUAGUGUUCCUACCAGGGUGGGCAGAGAUCAGCCUGGCCAAGCAGUUGUUGGACGCUGUCAUGCCUGUUAGCACGCACAUUGUUCAACCUGUGCACUCAAGAUUAUCGACGACAGACCAAACCAGGAUGUUCGCUCGUCCCCCACCGGGCAUACGCAAGGUAGUCCUCGCCACCAACAUAGCAGAGACGUCCAUCACGAUUCCCGACGUGGUGUAUGUCGUGGACUGCGGCGCCCACAAGGAGAACACGCUUGCUGAGGGGACUGGCACAGCAAGUCUGGAGACAGUGUGGGUGUCCCUCGCUGGAGCCAAGCAGAGAGCUGGAAGAGCGGGGAGAGUGCAACCAGGUCAUUGCUACAGAUUGUAUACAAAGGAAAAAGAGGCAGAAUUCAACCCACACACCACGCCAGAAAUAUUAAGGAUACCUUUAGACCAAACAGUAUUGAAUUGCAAGACGUAUGCACCAGAGGAUAAGAUCGAGAACUUUCUGUCACAACUGCCCGAGCCGCCUACGCAACAAGCUAUUAGAUUUGCCGUCAAUGAUUUAAUUGAAUUAGGUGCUCUGACCCCAUCUGAACAACUGACUCGUCUGGGCGUCAUCCUAUCAUCGAUGACUUUACCCCCUCGUGCGGGACGAGCUUUAAUAAACGCUGUAGCGGCCGGCGCAGCGGUAGCAAUGGCCGACGUGGUGGCUCAUGUCACUGCUAGCACAGCGCUGUUUGUUGAUGCUGCCAAUAGGAGAGAAGAAAUCCGCGAAAUUAAACGUCGAUACAGUACCACAUCGGAUCACGCAGCUCUACAUUGGAUUCAAGAGGAGUAUGAGAGGAUGUUGGAGGAAGGAAAUCGCGAGAGAGUCGACGAGUGGUGCAGGAAGCUGGGCAUAAGGAAGGACAGACUCAAUUAUGUUAAAGCCCUGUCAAGCCUCUACCUGGAACAACUCUUCAAAUCAGGGGUGAUAGAACCGACAAUAGACCCCGAGGAGCUGAACAGGUUCUCAGACAUAGACGAAUUGACCGUUGCCUUGCUUCUGUCUGGGUCCAACGCCCUCUUGAGGACCAAGAAAGUCAUCAAGGCCAAAGGGAAGCUCAAAACUGUUAAUGCUCUGUUUACUAGCACCGGUGAGCGUGCCCACAUCGGCAGCGAGAGCGUGAACCACGACAUCGUGAGGCGCCCCGGGAGCACCACAGCCUGCUACAUGAGCGCCGUGCACUCCAGCGAGCGCCGCGCGCUGCUGGCCUACGACAGCUCCGUCAUACCGCCGCACGCCGCCGUCCUGGCCGCCUCUGGGCCGCUUAGGGUGGAUUACGAGAGCGAUGGCAAUGACGAUACGAGUGUGUUGUAUCUUCCCAGACAUAAAUAUUACGUCCACAUGCCGGCAAGCCAAGCAAAUCACAUUGUGAAGGCAAGAGAAAUGCUGUGGAUGACUUUACAAUACUUCAUAGAGAGAGAUAUAAAAACGAUGGAUUUCGAUGAAAACACUAGGAUAUCUAGGUUCAAAGUUAGACUGAUAAAAACUAUAUGCAGGUUGUUAGUUGAAGGCCACAGAGAGUAUGUAGAAGGAAAAAAUGUUGAGGAAUUUAUUGACAGAUCAAUAAAGGUGUGAUGAGAAAAAUA